CUACCCCUCUUACAAUGCACACCAGUGGCAGGAAUAGUGCCCCAUCAUCCGUGUCAGUGGGAGGAAUAGUGCCCCAUCAUUGUGCCCCAUCAUUAGUAUCAGUGGGGGGAAUAGUGCCCCAUCAUUGGUGUCAGUAGGAGGAAUGGUGUCCCAACAUUGGUGUCAGUGGGAGGAAUGGUGUCCCAUCAUUGGUGUCAGUGGGGGGUGGAAUAGUGCCCCAUCAUUGGUGUCAGUGGGGGGGAAUAGUGCCCCAUCGUUGAUGUCAGUGGGGGGGAGGAAU